AACUACAAAAACACAGAACCCGUCAUGGCGUCCUCCACAAGGCUCAUAUCAAGGUUGACUCUGGUCACUGGAGGAGGCAGCGGGAUUGGACGGGCCGUCUGUCAGCGCUUCGCCUCUGAAGGAGCGUCUGUGGUGGUGGCGGACAUCAGUGAGGAGUCGGCCCAGGAUACGCUGGCGAGCCUGCAGAGCGAGCAGAGAGGACAGGCUCACAUGUGGGCUGCAGUGGACGUCUCGUCCAAAGACAGCAUCCAGAAGCUGGUCUCAGGUAUACAGACGCACUACUUCCAGCCUCCCUCGGUGUGUGUGAACGCUGCAGGCAUCACGCAGGACGACUUCCUGCUCAACAUGGAGGAGGAGCAGUUUGACAGAGUCAUCCAGAUCAACCUGAAGGGCUCCUUCCUGGUCACUCAGGCUGUGGCUCAGGCUCUGCUGGCCUGUGGAGCAUCUAAAGGAUCCAUCAUCACUGUGGGCAGCAUCGUGGGAAAGGUGGGAAACAUCGGCCAGAUCAACUAUGCCGCGUCUAAAGCUGGAGUGCAGGGUUUGACCAGGACCGCCGCCAAAGAGCUGAGCAGGUUCGGGAUUCGGUGUAACUGCGUGCUGCCGGGUUUCAUCACCACUCCCAUGACUGAUAAGGUGCCGGAGAAGGUUCUCAGCAAGAUGAAGACGCUGGUUCCGUUGGGGAGGAUGGGCGAGCCGGCAGAAGUGGCUGAUGUUUGUGCCUUCUUGGCUUCAGACGACUCCCGCUACGUCACUGGAGCCAGUAUCGAAGUGACAGGUGGUCUUUUUAUGGGCUGACUCAGCUCUGAUGGCCGCGAGGAAAGUCUGCUGUCUCCAGUAUCUGAUUGAACCGUGAAGAUCAUUCAUGUUUCAUGGCUGCUUGUGAUACACACGUUCUGUAAAUCAUGUGAAAUAUGCAGUGUGGUUUUUGAAUCAAUAAAACUUGAAAUUUUCU